GACUUGGAGGGUCGCGUCAGCUGUAAGAGUGCUACAGCUGGCUGUGGCUCUUCUCCUCUAUCUUCCUCUUGUAUCCGCCCUCCCUACCAUCCAAGAACGCGCCACUGUCUGUAAUGGCAGAGCAGAACUAUGCAACCGAAGCUAUGGGAACGUGACCUUUCUCACUUCGCACGACUCGUUUGCAUCCUCGCCCAACCCUCUUGCAUUGGCGAGAACCCAACAGAUCGAUCUCAAUGCACAAAUGAAACUUGGCGUGCGUGGCCUGCAAGCACAGAGCCAUAUGAAGGAUGGACGCCUGUUUGAUGGUGGCUCUGUACUCGACUAUCUCAAAAAAGUCAAGGCGUUCAUGGACGCCAACCCCAAUGAAGUGUUCACCUUCAUCUUUACCAAUCCUGAAAACUUGUCGCCCAAGUCGGUCUGGGAUCCAAUCUUUCAACAGGCGGGGCUUGUCGGCUUGGCUUAUGUUCCUCCCCAUCUCCCCAUGAAAGCAUCCGAAUGGCCUACUCUGGGACAAAUGAUCGAUUCUGUGGAUUAUGGUGCCAAUACUGCCGAAGUUCCCUACAUCCUACCCGAGUUUGACCAUGUUUGGGAACCUCCAUUCUCUUCCACGGAUCCUUCUUUCCCAUGCAGAGUGGACCGUAUCUCUGGACCCCUUUCUUCGCAAGAUCACAUGUUUAUGAUCAACCACAACCUAAACGCCAAAGUCUCACCCUGGAAGUCCAAACGGCUCGCCGAACCAGAGCCAGUAGCCAAACCAGGAUGGUUCGACAGCAUCACGAGCGCAAUCGGUAACGGCGUAGACCACGUCAAAGACACGAUUGAUCAAGGCGUCGACCACGUCAAGGAUACGAUCGAUCAAGUCGGCGAUAAUGUCAACACGGACGCACUCCCUACGAUCCUCGUCCCCGACUUUUUGUCGGCCCCUAGGACGAAUGGGAUGGCGUCCAUCUUGGCUGAUUCCAAUGGAUGUUCUGCGUUCUCGGGUGGAAAGGCUGCUAAUUUUGUGCUUUUGGAUUUUGUGGAUAUCGGGCAAGGAAUGAAGACUGUCAACCUGAUGAACGG